UAUUUCUCAGUUCAGGUUGGAAGCACAGAUGGCAGCAAGAAUGGAAAAAAAAUGCCCAAGGGUUUUACAAACAAUGUCACACUUAAUCUUGGAAACUAUGGCAAAAGCUGACUAUUCCAGCUUAUUCAAUGAUUUUGUUGAAUCUGAGUUCUUUCUGAUUGAUGGUGACUCCUUGCUCGUCACAUGUGUAUAUGAGAUGUCACUUAAGCCAGGACAGAGUCUCCACUUCUUCUACCUGGUUGAGCGCUACCUGGUGGAUGUUAUUAGCAAAGGAGCGCACUUUGCCAUAGUUUUCUUCAAGGAUGCUGAGUAUGCAUACUUCAAUGUCCCUGGACUUCUGACACUGAGGACUGCUUUAAUUUUGCAUCUUCAGAAGAAUACCACCAUUGAAGUUUGGACUAACUUUUCUAACUGCUUGUCAGAAGAGUGGAAUAUUUGCUUGGGUCAGAGUUGCCCAUAUUUCUUGAUACUGGCUGAUGAAGGCCUGAACGACCUACAAACACAUCUUUUCAACUUUGUAGUCAUUCAGGCCUGGGCAGCAAAGGUCAAUAUUGUGCUCUUCUCAGGGCAAACGUUUGACACCCUUCGUCUUUACGCAUACUUUAUGCAAAGCUCAUAUCCAAACCAGAUGUUUUUCAAGAAGUGCGAGAGAGAGAUUAUGGUUGCUUAUAAAAGCCUGAUUCAACAGUUGAAAAAAUACAGAGAUAUGGAUUUAACAGCUCUGUUCGGAGAUUUAAAAUUCAGUGAUAUGGAAGGAGAGGUAUGUGAAACUGUAUCUCUGCUGAAGGAACUCUGGCCAGAAGGAUCUGAUAUUCGACGUGUCUUUUGUGUCACCUCAUGCUUUCUCUUCUUGGAAAUGUACCACUGCUACUUAGAAAACAGAGAAAAGACAGCAUCCCCUCAGACAUCUGAAGUCAAACAGAAAACAGGUAAUUGCUUAACCCUGAAGGACAUGGAAGACUUUUGUAAGCUACAUUGCCUCAGCGUGGCUUUUCUGCUCCAUUUACCUCUCUCCCAGAGAGCUCACUCGAGAUUCAUCACUUCUGGUUGGAUUCAGGACCUCAAGACCAUCUUAAAAAUGAAAAAGUGGUGCGAGUAUUUCAUCCUAAGUAAUGUGGAUAUGUUUGAAUCUUGGAGUCUGAAUUUACUUCACCUUUCUGACUUAAGUGAUGAGCCUUUGUUAAAAAAUAUUGCUUUUUACUAUGAAAAUGAAAAUACAAAAGGUUUGGAUGUAGGAGAUGUCAUCAUGAAAGAGUAUGUACAUCUCUGGGAUACUGUGUCAGAGUUGGUCAGAAAGUUUGAUGUGGGAGAACCAAUUCCUUUGAGAACAACAAAAGUUCAUUUUCUUCAAAAGACCCCAUCUCCAAUCAAAGAAAGUUCCCAGGAGACGAUGCCAAAUUUAGGUUUUAUUCCAAUGUCAUGUAAUUUAGUUGAUGAAUUUACUGGAGACAUUUUGAAAGACUUGCCUUUUUUAAAGAGUGAUGACCCCAUUGUUACAUCACUGGUGAAGCAUAAGGAGUUUGAUGAACUUGUGCACUGGCAUUCCCACAGACCCCUCAGUGAUGAUUAUGACAGGACGAGGGCCAAUUUUGAUGACAAAAGAGACCCCUAUCGUCUUAAAAGUUUGCAGAAGUAUCAUGUUUUUCAACGAUUUUAUGGGAGUUCAUUAGAAUCAGUCACCUCAAAGAUCAUCACAACUCUAGGUCCUACGCCAAAGAAGGAUUGUACUAAGUCCAAGAGCACAAAGGCACAUAAGACCAAGGCUGAAAUAAUUAUAAGAGAAAAUAAGAAGAGGUUAAUUGCUGAGGAAGAACAAAAAGAAGAACAAAGAUGGAAUGCCCUGUCAUUUUCUAUCGAGGAGGAGAUGAGAAAGAAUUUAAACUCUGGAACGAAGAAACUGGAAGAGUUCUUGAAAUCAUGUAAAAGUAGCUCAGUAAAAGCUCAGGCUGAAAGAGUCGGGUUACAGGCUUGUUUGAAAGCCUGGAAGGAACAUUGCCAAACUGAAGGUGAAACCAUGAAAGACUUAAGCAUAGCUGUCAAUAUGAUGAAGAGAAUCCACUCCUUGUUGGACAAACACUCUGAACUUCUUCGAGAAGCAGAUCAGAAACUCAUUGCCAGAUGUCUUGUGUAUUUAGGGUUUGAUGAGCUAGCAAAUUCUUUAUAUCCAUCUCAGGAUGCAACAAAUGACAUAAAAACGAAGAAAAAGAAUAAAUAUUCAGUUGGGAUUGGGCCGGCUCGGUUCCAACUACAGUAUAUGGGUCCCUAUUUGAUACGAGAAGAAAGAAAAGACCCAGACCCCAGGGUCCAAGAUUUUAUUCCUGACACGUGGCAGCGAGAGCUCCUGGAUGUGGUGGAUAACUAUGAGUCUGCAGUGAUUGUUGCCCCAACAUCAUCUGGCAAAACUUAUGCUUCCUACUACUGCAUGGAGAAGGUGCUAAAGGAGAGCGAUGAAGGCGUGGUUGUGUACGUUGCACCAACAAAGGCUCUUGUUAAUCAAGUGGCAGCAACUGUUCAAUAUCGUUAUACCAAAAAUAUGCCAGCCGGUGAAUCUCUGUGUGGUGUCUUUACUAGGGACUAUCGUCACGAAGCCCUCAACUCUCAGGUGCUUAUUACCGUGCCUGCCUGCUUUGAAAUUCUGCUCCUAGCUCCUCAUCGCCAAAACUGGGUGAAGAGGAUCAGAUAUGUUAUAUUUGAUGAGGUCCAUUGUCUUGGUGGAGAAAUCGGAGCAGAAGUCUGGGAGCAUCUGCUUGUCAUGAUCCGAUGUCCCUUUUUGGCCCUUUCAGCUACCAUUAGCAACCCUCAGCAUCUCACUGAGUGGCUCCAGUCAGUAAAGCGGUAUUGGAAGCAAGUAGACAGUACCAUGGAGAAAACUGUUUCCAAAGGAAGUGCUGCCUUCCGUGGCAGCUAUCACAAAGACCCAUCGCAAGCCAGACAGUCAUACAAAGUUAGACUUGUGCUCUAUGGAGAGAGAUACAAUGAUCUAGAGAAAUAUCUGUGUUCUGUGAGACAGGGCGAUGUUUGCUUUGAUCAUUUUCAUCCAUGCGCUUCACUAACCACAGAUCACAUUGAAAAGUAUGGAUUUCCUUCUGAUCUUGCCUUUUCACCCCGAGAAAGCAUCCAGCUGUAUGAUAUUAUGUGCCAGGUCUGGAAGAGUUGGCCCCAGGCCCAGAACCUAUGUCCAGAGAACUUCACUCCAUUUAAGAAUAAAAUAGUCAUUAAAAAGCUGGAUGCUAGAAAAUAUGAAGAGAGUUUAAAGGAAGAAUUCACGAAUUGGGUUAAAAAUGGGAACGAGGAGGAGGCCAGGAUGGUGCUGGAGAAACUGAGUCCUGAUUACCAUGACUUCUCAGGGCAGAUGUUGGACUUUUUUCCAUGUCUUGUUGAAAAGCUAAGGAAAAUGGAGAAGUUGCCUGCACUGUUCUUUUUAUUUAACAGAAAUACUGUAGAAAAGUGUGCUCACAAGGCUUUCGAAUUCCUGGAGGAAAAACAGGAGGAGAAAAGACUUCCCAAAGCUGAUAAAGAGGCUUAUACCAUUGCUAACAGACUUCGAAAAGUUAAAAAAUCUCUGGAGAAACAAAAGAUAAUAGAUGAAAGGGGCCAGAAAUCUCCCAGAAGAUUGGAUCAAAGCAUUAUGUAUGAAGCUGAACACAAUUAUCUCCUGAAGAGUUUGGAGAAGAAUCUAGAGAUUCCCCAGGACUGCACAUAUGCUGAUCAGAAGGCAAUAGAUGAUAAGUCAUUGCAGAUGGUGUUUGAUCGGCUGAAAAAUAAAAGAAAUGGUGAGAUACUGAAGUGGUUGGCAAGAAGGGGCAUUGGCUACCAUCACAGCUCCAUGAGUGCCAAAGAAAAGCAGGUGGUCGAAAUUCUCUUCAGGAAAGGAUUCAUUAGGGUGGUGACAGCUACUUCAACACUUGCUUUGGGAAUCAACAUGCCCUGUAAAUCUGUGGUUUUUGCUCAAAACUCUGUCUAUCUGGAUGCUUUAAAUUACAGACAGAUGUCUGGUCGGGCCGGAAGACGAGGGCAGGACCUACUGGGUGACGUCUACUUCUUUGAUAUUCCACGGCCCAAAAUAGGAAAACUCAUAAAAUCCAAAGUCCCUGAGCUGAGAGGACAGUUUCCCCUCAGUAUUACACUCAUCCUAAGACUCAUGUUGCUGGCUACCAAGGCAGAUGACGUCGAGGAUGGCAAGGCAAAGGCGUUGUCAGUGCUGAAGCAUUCGUUGUUAUCCUUCAAACAACCCAGAGCCACAGACAUGUUAAAGCUUUACUUCUUAUAUUCUUUGCAGUUCCUGGUGAAAGAGGGAUAUAUAGAUCAAGAAGGUAAUCCUACAGGGUUUGCUGGCCUUGUCUCACAUUUGCAUUACCACGAACCUUCUAACCUCGUGUUUGUCAGUUUUCUUGUAAAAGGUCUUUUCCAUAAACUUUGUCAGCCAACAAGUAAUGGCUCAAAACGUUUUUCUGAAGAUGUCAUGGAAAAGCUGGUUUUAGUAUUGGCAAAUCUUUUUGGAAGAAUACGUAUUCCAGCCAAGUUCUAUGAGGUUCACGCCAAGUUUUAUCAAUCAAAGGUGUUCCUUGAUGACCUCCCUGAGGACUUCAGUGAUGCCUUGCUUGAGUACAACAUGCAAGUGACAAAAGACUUUGCUUCCUUUCUGCUAAUUGUAUCCCGAUUGGCUGAUAUGAAACAGGAAUAUCAACUCCCCUUGUCAAAAAUACAGUUCACAGGUAAAGAAUGUGAAGAUUCUCCACUUGUUUCUUACUUGAUGAGCAACAAGGAAGGAAGGGUGGCGGUUUCACCCUUUGUUUGUCUGUCUGGAAACUUUGAUGUGGAUUUGCUUAGUCCAGGAGUUCCAAAUCAUGUCAUUCUACACACACUUGGUAUCAAUCACACACAAGCCCCAGUGCUGUGGCCACAGAGAUUGGACAGUCAAGGAAGAAAAAUGCCACUUAAUGCCUAUGCACUUGAUUUCUAUAAGCAUGGAUCCCUUACCGGAUUAGUCCAGGACAAUAGGAUACAUCCAGGGGAUGCUUAUGAUCUGUUGAAGGAUUUUGACCUUACCAUUAAAUCUAUCAGUGUCUCCUUGCGUGAACUGUGUGAAAAUGAAGAAGACAACGUUGUUUUAGCAUUUGAACAAUUGUCUACAUCUUUUCAUGAGAAGUUUGAAGUAGUGUGAAAAGAAAAACUAUGUAAACCACUUAAACUAUCACCAUUGAAGCUUUGUAAAUUAUAUAUGUUUACUCUUAUGUCUUGAUCAAACAAUCACAUGAUGACAUGGAAUGAACAAGCAGAUAGAGUUGCUAUCCAACUUCUUGCACUUGCUUCUAAGCACCCUUGGCCAAUAUACUUGAUGGUUUCCUCAAAAAGUUAGCAAAAAAUACUUAUGUCUCCAAAUUAUUGAGGAUUGAA